CCUCAGCCAGCUCUCCACUGGGAGUUGGGGGGAAGGGAGGCCUCCGCCAGAGGUGGUGACCUUGUUCCCAGCACUGAACUUUGGACACUAGAAGAUGAGAAGGAUUAAUAGUUAACCCCCCGCAGGAACCCAGCAAAGGGGCGCUCUCAGCGCUCGUACUGUUAUGUGGCCUCCACCUCAUGGUGUGCGUACACCCACCUUGUGAGGUCGGAGGAUUCUUUUCUCUCCCCGUGUCUCAGAGGAGGAAAACCGUGCCUUAAAGACAUUGAGUCACUCGCCUGGAAAUCACUCGGCCAGUACGUGACAAUGGCCGUUGUGUGGGUGUGACAAUGCCAGGCGCGGCCUGUGUGCCCAGUUCUGCUCUGUUUUUCGCUCCUCUCUGCCUGCCCGCUGACCCCAGCAGAUGUGGCCGAGCCCUGGCACCCAGCAUCCACAGUCGCACACCUGAUCCCGUGCUCCAAGGCAGCUGAAUGCCUGGGCCACAAGGAUGUCUCUGAGUCCUGCCCGACCUUCAGCCUGCCGGUUGACAGCCUGGAAGGCCAGCAGUGCCACAGGCGAUAAGCCCUGGGGGAGGCAAAGUCCCCCUCCCGGCUUGAAGCCGGGCGGCGGCCGGCCAGCUGGUGGUUGGGGAGCUGGAGGGAUGAGGCUGGCCCUGCAGAAGCGCUGCUCUUAGAUAACCUAUCACGUUCCCAGAGGCCCCCUCCUCCUAAAAGGACUUUAGUCCUUGGAGCUGACAGCCGGGAGCCGAGCGGGGACAAGCACGGAGCAGGGCGUGCUGAGCCAGGGAGCAGCGGGCACAGCAGCCGGCUGUCCCCUCAAGACUGGAGAGCCACACCAUGGAGCCAGGUGGAGCCCACGUGCGGAGAAGGGGAGGCCUGUGCGGGGAGCAGGAGGAGCACCCCCCUGGGCAAGGCACUUUAGCAGGGAGCUGGAUCAGAGGUGGAGCAGCCAGGACUCGAACCAGCGCCCAUAUGGGAUGCCAGCAUCACAGGCAGCAGCUUAACGCACUGCACCACAGCGCCGGCUCCCCUGCUGUCAUUCUUGAUCCUCACUGCUGCCCACGGAGCCAGGAAGGGGCUGUGAAGAGGCGAUUACUGGAACAAGCAGAGGGACAGCUGCGGGAACUGCUGGAUCGGGCCAUGUGGGAGGCUGUACAGUCGCACCCGCUGCAAGGCAAACCUCUGCCCUCGGCUCCCCCACACUCCUUGAGCAGGGCACGGGAGCCACCGCCAGGCAAAAGGAAAGUUUUCAUCACCCGCAAGUCCUUGCUUGACGAGCUGAUGGAGGUGCAGCACUUCCGCACCAUCUACCACAUGUUCAUCGCCGGCCUGUGUGUCUUCAUCAUCAGCGCCCUGGCCAUCGACUUCACCGAUGAUGACAGGCUGGUGCUGGAAUUGGACCUACUGAUCUUCAGCUUUGGGCAGCUGCCCCUGGCGCUGGUGACAUGGGUCCCCAUGUUCCUGUCCACCCUGCUGGUGCCCUACCAGGCCCUGCGGCUGUGGGCAUGGCCAAGUUCCAGCCGCGCAUGGGCGCUGGGGGCCGGCCUGGGCUGCGCGAUGCUGGCCGCCCACGCCACCUUGCUGUGCGCACUCCCAGUGCACGUGGCUGUGCAGCACCAGCUGCCGCCCGCCUCCCGCUGCAUCCUGGUCUUUGAGCAGGUCCGGUUCCUGAUGAAAACCUACUCCUUCCUGCGAGAGUCUGUGCCUGGAAUCCUUUCAUCCAGAGGAGGUGAGGGGACCCAGGCCCCCAGUUUCUCCAGCUACCUCUACUUCCUCUUCUGUCCCACACUCAUCUACAGGGACACGUACCCCAGGACACCCAGCAUCAGGUGGAAUUAUGUGGCCAAGAACUUGGCGCAGGCUCUGGGCUGCGUCCUCUAUGCCUGCUUCAUCCUGAGCCGUCUCUGUGUCCCCGUUUUUGCCAACAUGAGCCGAGAGCCCUUCAGCACCCGGACACUGGUGCUCUCCAUCCUGCACGCCACGUUGCCAGGCAUCUUCAUGCUGUUCCUCAUUUUCUUUGCCUUCCUCCACUGCUGGCUCAACGCCUUCGCUGAGAUGCUGCGAUUUGGAGACAGGAUGUUCUACCGGGACUGGUGGAACUCCACGUCUUUCUCCAACUACUACCGCACCUGGAACGUGGUGGUGCACGACUGGCUGUACGGCUACGUGUACCAGGACGGGCUGUGGCUCCUUGGUGGCCGGGCCCGAGGCGCAGCCAUGCUGGGCGUGUUCCUGGUCUCUGCCAUGGUCCACGAAUACAUCUUCUGCUUCGUCCUGGGGUUCUUCUACCCUGUGAUGUUCAUGCUCUUCCUCGUCAUUGGAGGGCUGCUGAACUUCACAAUGAAUGACCAGCACACGGGCCCAGCGUGGAACGUGCUGAUGUGGACUCUGCUGUUCCUGGGCCAGGGAAUCCAGGUCAGCCUGUACUGCCAGGAGUGGUACGCACAGCGGCACUGCCCCCUGCCCCAGACAAGCUUCUGGGGGCUGGUGACGCCUCGCUCUUGGUCCUGCCACGCGUGAAGAUCAGGAUGCCCUUACCACAGAUGAUACCACCAAGCUCGUCCCGGCCUGCCACGCCGGGGACCAGGGCUCCUCUCUGCACUUGUAAACUUGGCUUUGAAUCAGGGUAGGGGGGGCCUGCAUGCAAGACCCCAGCCAGGAACUUCAGGUUUUGGGAGUCUGUGCACCCCUGUGGGCCUGAGCACAGACUCGGCAUGGGGGUGACCCCCAGGCCCGCAUCCCCAUGGACUGCUCACAGGAACCCCAUUAGUGGGAGGCUUGAGGGGCCUUACAGAUUUAGGGAGGGUGGGGGUCACCCAGAGAGACCAGGCCCCCAAAGUCUGAGAAGGGCUCAGAGCUUCAGUUUGUACAUCUCCCAGUGCAACAAUAAACUCACCCUCUUCCUUUUUAUGCGCUCAUUUGUUAAGACCCGCUCUGGGGCCGGUGCUGCGGCGCAGCAGGUUAAAGCCCCAGCCUGUAGUGCUGGCAUCCCAUAUGGGCGCUGGUUCUAGUCCUGGCUCCUCCACUUCCGAUCCAGCUCUCUGAUAUGGCCUGGGAAAGCAGGGGAAGAUGACCCAAGUCCUUAGGCCCCUGCACCCACAUGGGAGACUCGGAAGAAGUUCCUGGCUCCUGGCCUCUGAUUGGUAUAGCUCUGGCUGUUGUGGCCAUCUGGGGAGUGAACCAGCAGAUGGAAGACCUCUCUCUCUCUGCCUGCCUCUGCCUCUCUGUAACUCUACUUUUCAAAUAAAUAAAUAAA